UACAAGCUGUACUAAAACUUAAAUUUGAUAAAGGCAAAUAUUAAACGUUUUUGACUGUUAUUUAACUUUGAACAUUGUUUACAAAAGGGUCUGUUCGGACAUCCCGAAGGUGUAACCGUGUUUCUAGUCGGAAUCCAUUUAUGGACGGACUGUGCGCCACAAUAAUAGUUCCCUCGCUGCUCGGUACAAUGGAGACUAGCGCGCUGAAUAUCGCGCUUUGUUCGUCUAAAAUUGACUUUUUAAGUGACGUUAUUACCGAGAAGCUGACGGUGGCCGCGCGGGAGAUCUUCGCGGCGCUGGUCAAGACCGUGACCGAGUACGAAAGUGAACUUUCCGUUUAUCAAGGGGAACUCAGACCCAUAAUCCUAACGAAGCCGGACCCCGAGAACAUAGAAACGGAACUGAAAGACAAUGAGAUGGUUUGUGAAGCUGAAGGAGGCGGAGCCGCUGCAAAGAAGGAGGAGGAGCAUCACCAGUCUAAUUUAAGGGUGGUGGACACUUGGAGCAUGAGCAUGUCCACCUUCACAGAGGAGGAGAAGGAAAAAGAAAGGACCAAACACUUGGAGGAGGAGGAUAGUGAGGACGUCAUUGAGUCUCCUUCUGAGGACUCUCCAAGGCUCUUUCCUCCGAUGGAGUUGUCCGACUGCAGCGAUGUAGGAAGUCUUCAUCAUGAGGACCACAUAGACCUUCAGAUCCGCAUCCUGGAGAACGCUAGUCUGAGUGUUAUCGCCAGGAAGGAUUUUGAACACUUCCCGGUCCACACGCUGCAGUGUCCCCGCUCCCUGCGGAGGACGGAGUUCGUGAGCUUCAUCAAAUCCAAAUUUGCUCACUUGGCCUCUGAUACCGGGUUUGCUGUGGUCAGAGCGAAGAAAAUACAGAACGUGCCGUCCUACAAACUGCUGUCUCUGAGGCCCAGGUGCAACUUCAGGACCAGGUGGAAGAACGCCAUCUGCCUCCGGCCGAAGCAAAACAAGAAAGACCAGCUCAUAGAAGACUCGUCGAUGAGGACCGGUUCUGAGGAGGAGUCGUCUAACAACGGCGAGGAAGAAGCUCAGCCUGAAGAUCAGAACCAGGAGGUGAACAUCCGGAUCCGCAUCCUGGAGGACCCGACGAUCCAGUUCAUGUCGAAAGAAGUUCUUGACAGGUUCCCCGUCCAGGCCCUGCGGUGUCCCCGCUCCCUGAAGGAGGAGGAGUUCCUGAGCCUCCUCAGAUCCACCUUUCCUCAGCUGGCUCCGGACAGGCCCUUCCAGGUGUUGAGGAACCGCCCCUUCAAGAGGCUGCGGCGCAUCAACCUGAAUCCUCUGACGCCGCAGGAGAUCUGCAGGCUCUUACAGAACCCCACCUUCUGCCUGCGCCUGAUGAGUCCACUCAGCGCCCAGGAUGAGGAGAAGCAAGAAGAUCUGCAGAACUCUGAACUCCACAACAAAACUCCUCCGACGGUCGAGGACGUCGUCCACAUGAACGUCUGCCUCCUGGAGGACCUGGAAGCUCCUCAGGAGUCGCGGGUGAUCCAUCACCUGGACUGUCCUGGAGAUCUGCAGGAGUCCCCGUUCCUGGACCUGCUGAGGUCCAGCUUCCCUCAGCUCAGAGACCAGACCGUGGAGCUCCUGACCAGAACCGGAGACCGACUGCUGCCCGUGAAGACGCAGCAUCAAACCGUGAAGGAGAUCCGUCAGAACGUCGCGUCCUCCGACGACUCCGUCCUCUACGUCCGAGUCCAGGAGGGAAGCGGAGAAGAACGUCCGGCUGAGCCGCUGCUGAGCGACUCUCCUGCUGCAGAUCCGUCUGAAGACGAGCCGGUGGAGCUGAAGAUCUGCAUCCUGGAGGACCAGGAAGCUCUUGGGUUCUCAGACGAGACGUUACUCAGCCAUCCCACCUACGUGCUGCAGUGUCCCCGCCUCCUCCAGGAGGAGGAGUUCCUGAAGGUCCUCCGCUCCACCUUUCCCCAGCUGGCUCCGGACAAGCCCUUUAAGGUCUUUAAAAUCGGUGAUGACAGGACGCUGCAGCCCCUCCCAAUCCAGACGCUGACGCCGCAGGAGGUCUGCAGGCUCGGCGGAGCGGCCACCAUCUGCAUCCGUCUGCAGGAUCCGAUGAAUAUCCAAGAUAAAAAGAUCAAAAGUGAAGAAGAUGAAGACCCAGGUGGAGCCGCACACAGAAACCCGUCUGAUGUUUGGACCGGCAGACAAAGUUCCUCCAGACAUGAAGCAAACGGAGUCUCAGCGUAUGUUUGUCUUCUACGCUCCCCAAAGUUCACAGACUUUUUGGUCAAACAUGAAAAGGAUCGGACAGAAAGUGGGCCGGAUCUGUCCGGUUGUUUCCAGCUGUCCUGUAAGGUGUGCGGGCGGACCCACCCGUCCGUGUGCGGCCUCGUUAAACACGCGUGGGGACACGUGCACGAAGGCGUCGGCUCCUGCGGGGUCUGUGGAGGGAAAGCCGCCUCCACCGAGGAGCUGAAGAACCACCUCCUCAUUCACCAGAGAUCGCACACCUGCACCGUCUGCGGCAAGUUCUUCAUCGCGCCAUCAGGGUUCAAGACCCUCGCGAGACAACACUCAGAUCCCAGAAUGCACUGCUGCGGAACCUGCCAGAGAGACUUCAGAACGAAGCUGAUGUUGACCAACCACAUGAAGCUCCACCUGAAGAAAGAGUCUCUGCAGGGCGGCUACAACAGCCAGAUCGGCGACGGCAAAGAUCAGACCCAACGAAGGAAGUCCCGCCGCACGACCGGCAGAAGACGCCGAAAGUCUCAGAAGAAUAAUCCGUUCAGGUGCAGCAAAUGUGACCGAACGUUCCAGUCCAAAGUCAGGCUGGAGAAGCACAUCACGGUCCGUGUUUGUGUGAAACCGUACACGUGUGACGUCUGUGGAGCCCGGUUCCACUCCAGCGUCAGUAUGAGGAAACACCGGCUGACCCACAUGGUGGUGAAGUGAGGCGGUCGCCUACUGACCAGAACAUCUCAGCAGAUCUUUCACCAGGGAUUUGGGUUAUAGAUCAUGUAGCAGAGUAAUAACCGUUAAAAUGAGUGUAAACUAUGGAUGCAUUUAAAAUGUUCAACAAAAUUUAUGGUUUUUACACGGUUAUUUAGGGAGUAUAAUGAUCCUUUUUGAUUGGUUUUGAUAAGAACAUGAAAGUGUUGGUUGUUCCUUAACCACAAAAUAGUUUUUAAGGUUUUUAAUUACAAUUUUAUUAAAAUUACAGGUUUUUUGUUCAGUAACUAAAUAUCUACCUCUGUAGUGUCUAACUGUCAAAGAUGUGUGGGUCAGAAAUUCAUUUUCAGUCACUAGUACCACAGUCUUUGACAUUUUUUGACUUUACUGAACUGUAUUUUUGACCAAAUGUCCAUUUUUUAAAAUUUCUUUAAAGAGUUUAUUUGUGGUAGUAAUUUUAUUUUUCAGCGCUUGACCUGUACAAGCAAAUAUUUAUGAAUCAUUUACAGUUUUAAGGUUUUUGGUUUGAACAGUUGAUGGAAUUUUAUUGUUGUAUUUUUGUAAUUAAAAUAAAUGCUUUUAAAGUCAUUCUUAACGUUAAUAUCCUAACGUGGAAAUCUGCCUUCUUCUAGAAGACUUUCUUUU